AUGACUGAAUAUAUCCAUGUUGAAAAGCCCACUAAUGGAAACAGAGAUAGUACAGUUAGUUCCUUUGUUUAUAAUGAUAGGUGUUCCCUUGUUUUACUAAUGGAUGAUGAGACGACAAAGGAAGGAAGAAAAGAAGAGGAUAAAAGUAAAAACAAAAAUUCUGUUAACAACUGUGAAGGAAUGUUGGAUAACGGUAGUUUAAAAUCAAAUGAAAACUUUAUAAUUAAUGGAUUAAUAAAGAUGUUUGAUAAGGAAAAAACAAGUAGUGAUAAGUUAAAUAUGGUAAAUCGUGAGUUAAACAAAAAUGAUGAUGAAUCAAACGUGGAAAAUGCACAGUUAGAAGAUUAUGAAAAGAAAGACAAGGAUAAAAAAAAUGAACAAGUUCCUUUUAAGAGUAACAUAAAAUUACAAGUAGGUCUGGACUAUUCUAAUUUUGAAUUGGAUACACCUUAUAAAAUUAUUAAGUUCAUUAAUAAAGGUUGUCAUUUUCUUUAUUGGAGUAGUGAUGUAUUAUUUAACGAAAAUAGUAAAAUCUCAAAAGAAUUUAUAAUGAAUGAGAUGAAAAAAAAUAACUGUGAAGAAAUAAGAAAUAGCAGAUUCCUUUAUUUUGAUAUAGAAAAGAAAUUAUUAGUUUUAAAAUAUGACAAGAAGAACAACAAUUUCACAUAUGUAGGGGAAGAUGAUUUUAUGUAUAAAUAUUUUUUUCAUCUGCAUGAAAAAGAUUUCUUAGAUGAGACUAUUAUAAAAGAAAAGAAAAGCUCUAUUUUAAUUUACCCAUACACAUAUACGAAAAUUUGGAAAAGCUUAACUAGCUAUAUUAAUGAGGAAGUAAUUGAUAAAAUUGAGCCAGUUAAUAAAACAUUUUGUUCAUCCUUUUUAAAAGAGGUAAAAGAGAAAAACGAUUUAUUUAGGGAUGAAGAAAUGAACUUGUAUAACCAACCCUAUAUGUUUUAUUCCGUUAUUCCGAAGUACACGUCUGGUGGGAAUUAUCGGAAGAAGCUUAACAUACUUAGGAACCAUAAAAAAGAAGACAGUGUGAAAGAAGAAGAAACGAGGGAUAUCGCGAAGGAUGUAGCAGAAAAAGAAUUAGAGGAACUAGAUGAGGAACCAGUAGAGGAAUUAUCGGAGGAACAAACAGAGAGCGGUUUGCCAAAUGAUUAUUGCGCCAAUAAAAGCUACUUCGAGUGCAUCCACAUUGAUAAUAAACAUAAAAAGUAUGUUCCUACAGAUUUAACUAUGAAAAAUUUAGAAAAAUAUUGGAUACUGAAAGAAAUAAUUCAACAGGAAUAUACGUACAUUUAUUAUGACAAUGAAAAGCAGGAGGGGUUUCGCAAGUUUGAAAAUAAGCUUUUUUAUAUUUUAGGUGAGUUUCAAUUUGCUUUUAUUUUAUUUCAUUUAGGUUUCAAUUAUCAAUCCUUUCUUCAGUGGAAGAAGCUCUUUGAACUUGUUUCAAACUCCCAGCAUUUGAUAAGUAACUUUGCAGAUUUCUUUGAAGAAGUUUUAAAAGUUAUAUUCAUCCAUUUAAAUUACUUAAGUGAUGAUUUUUUUGACAAUGCAGAAAAUAGUUUCAUUCUGUUUGGAAUUUAUAAUAUUUAUGAAAUAAUCAGUAAUUUAGAGGAUGUUAAUGUAAAUAUAGUAAAAUUGGUAGAUUCUAUAGAUACAAUUAUAUACGCAAAACUAGGGCUGCAUUUGCCUGAUUUAUCUUUUGUGUAUGAAGAAUUUCAACCAACUUAUGUAGAUGACGAUUAG